AUGGCUUUUGAUUUAGGAUUUGUUGUGGUAAUAGUAAGAUCUGACAUAGCUACUGGUGUACGGGAAAGAAAAACGUAUGUCAUACUUGGAUGUGAAAGAGGGGGAAAAUAUAGGAAAUACAAAGCUGAUGCAGUGGCUAGUGUAUACGGCACUCGUAAAUGUGAAUGUCCGUUUAGAUUAAAGGGUAAACCAUGUUCAGAUGGGGCCGGAUGGGUGUUGAAGGUGAUGUGUGGACAUCACAACCAUGAGUUGGCUGAAACUUUAGUGGGUCACCCUUAUGCUGGCAGGUUAAAUACGAGUGAGAAGUCAUUACUGGUUGAUAUGACAAAGAGGUUAACCUUCUCAGCAGCAUUUGCUUUCUUGUCUACUGAAAGGCAGAGUAAUUUCACAUGGGCUUUGGAAAAGCUGAAAGGUUUAUUUUUAACAUCUGAGGGUGGUCCUAAAGUUAUUGUGACUGACCGAGACUUGGCUUUGAUGAAUGCCAUAUCAAGUGUAUUCCCUGAGUCAUAUCAGAUGUUAUGUCGGUUCCACAUCCUUAAAAAUGUUAAAGCUAAAUGCAAAAUGUUAGUUCAUUGUACUGAGGUUUGGGAAGUGUUGAUGGAUGCAUGGGAAAAUGUGAUGGAUUGUGCUGAUGAAAGCUUGUUUGCUGAGUAUGUGAAUGGUUUUGAAUACGCAAGCAGAUCAUGGCCUUUGUUCUUUGAAUAUGUUAAUCAGAAUUGGAUUAUUCCGUACAGCACAUACUUUGUAAAGUUCUGGACGAACAAAUUAUCCAUUAAAGAUGAGUUGAAACAAGUAGAAGAACGAUUCAAUGAGGUUGACAUUGGCGGUAAAGUCACCAUCAAGCAGAAGUUACUUGAGAUUGUUUGUCCUACAUUGACAUCAAUGGUCCCUCCAUUACAUAAAGUCAAGACAAAGGGUGCACAAAAAAGUAAAGUUAAACGAUGUGAAAGGUCUACUACGCGGGAUCCAUCAUAUUUUGAGUAUGUGGACGCCUUUCAUUCAACCAUAGAAUCUUCAUCUGUGAGAAGUAAAUUACAAUCAAAGCCAAAAGCAAUGAAGAAAAGGAGAGUUCCAAUGAUAGACCAGUUUCAUUCUACUACUCACCCCUUCAUUGUGGACGUUGUUGAUGUUGUGACUGAUGGUCACUGUGGGUAUAGAUGCAUUGCUGCGUUGUUGGGACUCGGAGAAGAUUUAUGGCCCGUUGUGAGGAAUGAGUUGUACAAAGAACUCAGUGCUUGGCGUGAUGAAUAUGCAAGCCUAGUAGGAGGCUAUGAUAGACUAGAAGAACUGAGGUCCUCUUUGUUGGUGCAGUCACUGUCCGCGGCUAACACGAGCAAGUGGAUGACAUUACCAGACAUUGGUUAUGCAAUUGCUAACCGAUAUAACGUUAUCUUAGUGUGUUUGUCAUACUCUCAAAAUUAUACUAUCUUUCCACUACGUUCCACACCACCUUCUGAUAUCACUCAACAUCGCUUAAUUUGUAUAGGACAUGUUCAUGGAUGUCAUUUUGUGCAGGUUAAGCUACAAGAAGGUUGUCCGUUGCCCACGGUGAAUAUCAUGUCCUCAACCCACUGUUAUCCUGAGGCACGAGCGUGGUCAUCUAUUUAUACUAGUAGGAUGCACGCAUUUGAACAGUUGAUGGACAUAACAACAUCUUAUGUUGACUUAGGUGAUUCAUGA